GACAGUCUUAACUAAGUGGUAAUAACACAAAGGUACGUGGUGAGGCACAGUGAACAAGAUGCCUCCAGAAGACCACCAGGAGACCACACCGGCCAAAAGGGCCAUCAAAAAGAUCCGAACGGCUAGCCUUGUCAUCAGCUUGGCACGAGGUUGGCAGCAGUGGGCAUCUGAACACAAUACCAAGCAGGCCCAGGAGCCCAGUGGAUGGAUGCCCAGUGAGGAGAACCUACCAAGCAUUCCCUCGAGAGAGAGGAUAUUUCCCAACCAAACUGCUCCCUCCAAGAAAGACCAAUCGAUGGAUGGUGCACCAUUCCCAUCCGAAGAUCAGGUGCCAAAAGAAAAUGUAGAACAUAACCCCAGUGAAUCUAACGAAGCCCUCCAGAAACUUCACAUUAGAAGCAAAGAAGUGACCAAAACCAUUGUAAGUAAAAUCUAUGAAAGAGGCAGCGGGAUUAGUCUCCUCAGCGACAAAUACGAAAAAGACAAUGGGUGUACCGAGGCAGACAAGAGUAUCAAAGACCCCAGCAACAUUGAUAAACUCCUUCGGGCCAAGAUGUCCCCUACAAGAAGGAGAAAGUGCUCUAACCUGGUAACGGAGCUGACUAAGGGAUGGAAACAGAUAGAACAGGAGGAUAAAGGCCAGGAACUAGAACUAGAGAAUUAUCGCAGUGACAGCUUGGAUACUGAAGACAGUGGCUAUGGGGGAGACACAGAAGAAAGACUGGAUGCAGAUGAUGGUAGUCAAGAAAUGCAGAGUGCCAUACGGAUAAAACGGCCCUCAUCAUCACUUGCAAACAGAAACAUCAUGGCGCCUAAGAAAUAUAGCCCCAUUCACAAUCUGAGGGGAAGAUGGGAAGACUGGGCUGAUGAGCACGUGACAAUGCAAAAACUCAAUCCUUUCAGCGAGGAGUUUGAUUAUGAAAUGGCCAUGGCCACACGCCUGCGCAAAGGGGACGAAGGCUACGGUCGUCCCAAAGAAGGGACGAAAACUGCAGAAAGGGCCAAGAGAGCAGAGAAUCAUAUACAUCGGGAGAUGAAAGACAUGUGCUUUAUCAUCCGAACGAUGGCUCGGCACCGCCGCGAUGGCCAGAUCAAAGUCACUUUUGGUGAUCUCUUUGACAGAUAUGUCCGCAUUUCGGAUAAGGUUGUUGGAAUACUCAUGAGGGCCAGGAAGCAUGGCAUGUUGGACUUUGAAGGAGAAAUGUUGUGGCAAGGCCGGGAUGAUCAUGUGAUAAUAACUUUGUUGGAUUAACACGGUUCAUGGGAUAAGCCAAAGUUUAUUGAUUCCUGGUCGCUCUGUUAACUACAGAUUCAGAACAUCUACUGCAGUUUAUCAGAAAAACCAAGUGAGACAUCAAAGUUCUCCUAGAGUCUAGGACCUGGACAAUCAGACCUCCCCCCAUUACUUAAUAUAUACAUGCUAUUAUCCCUGCUCAUACAAUCCUUCAGCCAGUAGUAGAUCAGGGGCUGAAAUUACCAUAUAUUCAAAAUACAGUGAAAUUAAUAUCCAUUCCUUGAGUCAGCGAAGGUGGGUUUAUCAGUUUGAUACAUACCGUAUUUCUUCGAUU